GCGGCGGGGGCGGUGGCGGCGGCGAUAGCGGCGAGAGCGCGGAGCCCAUUCAUGAUCCGGCGAACGGGGCCGGUGGCGAGUAAAGCGGAACCGGUGCCCUGCAAAGCGGCGCCGGUACCGCCGUCAUGGAGACAUCGGGGCAUCUCCACGAUUCGGGCGUGGGGGACUUGGAGGAGGAUGGUCGGUGUCCCUGCCCGUUACCGGGGGACGAACGGUCACCGCCGCCGCCCUCCGCGCUGCCGCCGCUCCAGCACAGCCUGUUGCACUCCUCGCCCGGGUCGCUACGGGCCCCUCCUCCUCCUCCCGCCGCCCCCGCCGCCCUCCACCCUUCCUCCCGCCACGGCAGCCAGCUCAACCUCGGCGACCACCCAGCGGGCUCUGGGGUGGCGAGCAGCAAGCACCGGCAGCCCAGCCCUUUGGUUCACCGGCGGGACAGCAACCCCUUCACCGAGAUCGCCAUGAGCUCCUGCAAGUACAGCGGCGGGGUGAUGAAGCCCCUCAGCCGGCUCAGCGCAUCCCGGCGGAACCUCAUCGAGGCCGAGCCGGAGGCGCAACCCCUGCAGCUCUUCGGUGCCGGUGAGCCCCCCGAAAUCGUCGUCUCACGCGAGGACAACCACGCGCCCGCCGCCCACCGUCCCACCCGGCCGCCCGCCCGGCCGGCCCCCAGCACCUUCGCCAAGGGGCCCAAGCGCAAGGCACAGAACAUCGGCUACCGGCUCGGGCACCGCCGGGCGCUGUUCGAGAAGAGGAAGCGCCUCAGUGACUACGCGCUCAUCUUCGGCAUGUUCGGCAUCGUCGUCAUGGUCAUUGAGACCGAGCUCUCCUGGGGGCUCUACUCCAAGGACUCCAUGUUCUCCCUGGCCCUGAAAUGCCUUAUAAGCCUCUCCACCGUCAUCCUGCUGGGCCUCAUCAUCGCCUACCACACACGGGAGGUGCAGCUCUUUGUGAUCGACAACGGAGCUGACGACUGGCGGAUAGCGAUGACGUACGAGCGCAUCCUCUACAUCAGCCUGGAGAUGCUGGUUUGUGCCAUACACCCCAUCCCCGGGGAGUACAAAUUUUUCUGGACAGCUCGCCUGGCUUUCUCCUACACACCAUCUCGGGCAGAGGCCGACGUGGACAUCAUCCUGUCUAUCCCCAUGUUCCUGCGCCUCUACCUGAUUGCUCGGGUGAUGCUGCUGCACAGCAAGCUCUUCACCGACGCCUCCUCGCGCAGCAUCGGGGCACUCAACAAGAUCAACUUCAACACCCGCUUCGUCAUGAAGACCCUCAUGACCAUCUGCCCCGGGACGGUGCUGCUGGUCUUCAGCAUUUCCCUCUGGAUCAUCGCCGCGUGGACGGUCCGUGUGUGUGAGAGGUACCACGACCAGCAGGAUGUAACCAGCAACUUCCUGGGUGCUAUGUGGCUCAUCUCCAUCACCUUCCUCUCCAUCGGCUAUGGGGACAUGGUGCCACACACCUACUGUGGGAAGGGAGUCUGCCUGCUCACUGGCAUCAUGGGCGCUGGAUGCACAGCGCUGGUGGUGGCUGUGGUGGCCAGGAAGCUGGAGCUCACCAAAGCUGAGAAGCAUGUCCACAACUUCAUGAUGGACACACAGCUGACCAAGAGGAUCAAGAACGCGGCAGCCAACGUCCUGCGGGAAACGUGGCUGAUCUACAAGCACACCAAGCUGCUGAAGAAGAUCGACCACGCUAAAGUCAGAAAGCACCAGAGGAAGUUCCUACAAGCCAUCCACCAGUUGCGGAGCGUGAAGAUGGAGCAGAGGAAGCUGAGUGACCAAGCCAACACCCUUGUCGACCUCUCAAAGAUGCAGAACGUGAUGUACGACCUCAUCACAGAGCUCAAUGACCGCAGUGAGGACCUGGAAAAGCAGAUCAGUGGCCUGGAAUCCAAGCUGGAGCAGCUCAGCGCCAGCUUCAACUCCCUGCCCCUGCUGAUGGCUGACAUGCUGCGCCAGCAGCAGCAGCGCCUGCUCAGCGCCGUCCUGGAGGCCCGGGGGGUUGGUGUGCCCGUGGGCACCCCCCAGACACCUCUCUCUGAGAGCCCCAUUGGGGUCAGCUCCACCUCCUUCCCCACCCCUUACACGAGCUCAAGCAGCUGCUAAAACACAGCCCCUCGGCCCCGCCGUGGGCAGGGGAAGCAUUUCCACACAGAUCAUGAGGUCUCUGUGAACUUUCCUCUGGUCCUUGAACCGCCGCAGGGACCCUUCAGCUGGAGCCAGUGGGACCAGCAGCGCCGAGCGAUGCUCGGAGCUUUGCCAACGCCUUGGUAUCGGGAAUCGCAUCCCUCUUCAGGUGCCUCUACACGUGGUGAAGGAAGGGGACAGAAGGUGAUGCCUUGGGCCAGCCUGUGCCAUGGCGUCCGGUGGCAGACGGAAAACCCACGCUCAAUCUCAGGUCUUCACAUUUGAAAACAAAACGAAACGAAACGAAACGAAACAAAACACCAAGUCAGAAGCACUGAAGCAACGGAGACACCGGAGGGAGAGUUCUUUCUCCCUGGGGCGCCCCCCUGGCCCCCUGCCCCUCUCACGAUUGCCAAACCUCGCCAGGCAGGUGCCGGCGUGGGGAGGUUCGUUAUGCAGGCUCUGGCUGACGCUGCCUAUGCUCCAUUCCAUCUCCUUGCCAGGACCCACAGGACAGCCCCCUCACACUGACAGCUGGGUGACAAUGUCUGACUGUAACCUUCCUGUGGAGCUCUCUGGAGCUGUGAGUGUUUUUCUACCCAGAGAAGAACAAUGGACGCUUCUUCCUUCUGGUCCUUAGUGUCAUAUUCUGCCUGGAGACACACGCCAGACCCAGGAAAGCAGUGCCUACAGCGUGCAGGGCCACGCAGGGCCGCCCCCAGCCAACGUGCUGGUGGCCAGUGAUGGGGCUGGCAGGCCAGCUCGGGCACUGAGGGGGUCUCCAGGUGCUCACAUCACUGCCUGCUGGGAGCCUCCCAGCAUUUUGCAAAGCCAGUGGGCUCUUUGCAGCAGUCUCUGAAGUGCUGGAUGAACACCCCAUCAGCUCCAGCUGUCUCCACUCGUGCUGGGAACAUCCACGCCUGAGCCCAGCUGGCAAUGUCGAGUCCACCAGGAUCAAGCAGGAGCUCACUGGCAAGUGAUGUGGUAGCAGGGGCAGGUGCUUCAUCUGUUUAAAACAAAGCCCAUCGCCUUCAUGCCACUUCUGCUGGGUUUGGUGGACGGCAGCAGCACUCUCUGGCAGCCUCUUGGCAGAGGCACUGCUGCCCAUGCCUGCCAAAGUGCAGCACCUCAGACUCCAUUAUACUUUUUAUGCUGGUGUUCAGCUUCCUGAGGUACCCUUGGCAUCACCUGGCUGCUUCUGGAACCAGCCACUUUCUGUUUUGCUUUCACACCAUUUCUCCCUUUUUCCUCCUCAGUUCUUCCCCAGGGUCAUGUUCUGGCUUUCCUGGGCCCUCGCAUGGAGCCAUGCCAGGCUCUGACUUUGGGGUUUGGUGUUUGCUGCUUUCCAUGAAAACUCAGCAGAGAGUACUUAUAUAUAUUUUUAAACAGAUGAAGUAACUAUGUAAUUACUCUGCAAUAUUAAUUACACCUCACCCGGCAGUGUCAGUAAUUGUAAUCAGUCACUGUGUUACUCCAGGUAUACUCAGCCUGUAAUGCUCUCCUUUGUAACUUUUUCCCUUCCAUAAAGAAUGCUGGAUUUUGUGCACACCUAGGGGUAGAGACCCGCCCCCCCUCCUGCACCACCACCCCUACACCCCCAAUGCUGAAGAAUUCCCCUGCUGCCAGUGGUGUGAGGUGGUUUCACUCCCUGUGCCCUGCAGCUGGAGUUACACAGAGAACAAGCAGUAGUUAGUGAGGAGGACUGCCCCCACACUGGCCCUAGGAGGAGGAGGAGGAGGAGGAAGAAGGCUGCAAAAUGACUUCUGCAACAUGAGAUCCCUGUGCUGCAGAGGUGUUGGUAGCAGGGGACCAAUUUGGUCACCCCUGCUGCCUUCAGGCAGGCACGUGCCCGUUGCUGCUGGUCCUUGGCCAGCGGGAGAUACCUGGCUUCUGGGAAAGAGCUGCUCUUCCAAGCUCUUGAAAUCAGUAUCAUUGAUAUCCCACGGAUGGCUGGGGAUUCACUGCUGCCUUGGAAGACCCCCGUGAUCUAUUCUCAGCCCAGCUGCUGCUCCCUGUUUGCCUGUGGGUGCUCCCCUGUCCAUCUUGCCCGGCAGAAGCUCCUGCUGAUCUCUCUCAGGAGGUUCCCAGCAUAGCAAUGGAGGAUAUGUUAGAAAUUCUGAGAAAGAGCCUGAAAUGCAGCAUUUUCCCCAGCCUGCAGGCAGCUGGUGGAGAAAAAAUGCUUUCUGGGCUUCAGAUGGGAGCAAACUGCCCACGGAAUGGUGCUGUGCAUGGGAUGAGGCGCGAAGACGUGUCCUGGGGCAUCAGAGAGCCAGAGGAAGUAUUGGUUCUUAAAGAUCAAUAUUGCCAGCAGGAACCCAGGAACCUCCCUGCCAGGCACAUGAUCAAGUCUGGGAAACCCAACCAAGUGAGAUGAGAGCAGGGGCUGCCAGCUCCAGGCCCCGAGGCUGGAGGUGCUAAGGAGCACAGUGAGAGUGUUGGGAUUGCAGCUGGAGCGAGAGACCCUUGUCCUGGGGCAGAGCAGCUGCUGCUGCAGUGGGAUUUCAACAGGGCUGGGGGCAGUGGAUCCCCGUGCACCCCACAACUUUCCUCCCUGGCCUCCUUUCAGCACGACCUGCAGUGCCACAACCCUUCUGCCCGCGAGCUGGCAGCCCAGGGUGUGCACCCUACGCCCUGCACCUUGCACCCUGCAUCCCACACACCCCCACACCGCUAGCCCACCCCUGCACCCCUCAUUCCACAGCCCUGAACGCCCAUCUCAAUCCCCAAAGCCCACAUCCCAGCCCUUCACACACCCUCCUGCUGGUUCUUCAGCACUGGUACCGGCAGCCCUGAUCCAUUGCUCCCAGCACCAGACUCCACCACGGCCAGCACCGAGACCAACCCCGCUCCAGCCCUGCUGCCAGGACCUCAGAGCCCCCCUGAGGCCACAGUGAGGGCAGGCACGGUGAGGAGCCCCCCCAGGGCAGCCCAGCCCGCCGUGCCCAGCCAGAGCUGCUCCCCGAUGGCAGCUCUUGGUCACCAGCAGCCUUGGCUGGCACAGCCCCGGUGAACAGCUCCAGUGAAUGCUCCCCAGCCAGUCCUGUCCACACGCCUGAGAUGAUCACUUUGGGUACCCUAAGGGACAUCGGGACAAACAGAGAGAGGAGCCGAGAUCAGCAACCAAGGUGGAAGAACAGCACAAGAGGAAAAUCGCAGAGAUGCCGACCUCCUGCAAGCUGGGAAGCGUCUGAUCCCACAGUCCAACGGGGCCAAUCCCCAAUGCCCCUCCAGGACCCACCUGACCCAGCCAGUCUCAUUUUUGGCACAGUCUUGGGGGCUUUUUUUUGCUCCACGACUCUCCCUCCUGCUGCGCCUGCAAGGAACUAUCCUAGGAAUCCCAGAAAAAUUCCACCAUCUCUCUGCAAACUCAUGGACGUUUCUGUCCAGACUUAAGGAGCUUUGACCUGGGUUUGCAUCUCGCCUCUGUACUGCUCGCUUCUUUUUUUAAUGAUAGGGGAAAGCAUAAUAGUUUAUUUUAACUAUGAAAUAUAUUGCUAUAUUAUGAUGGUUAUGGUAACUUUCAAUUAUGGUUUUGUACCCAACACGGUUGUUAGCAGGCAGCAACACCAGGCUGCUGCCAAAAAUGUCUGUUUCUGAGUACAGCUACUACUGCCAGUGAGGAUGGGGGACAGGGAGAGGUGCAGAACCCGAGUUGUUAUCCUUUAUUCCCCCUUGUACUCAUUUCCAGUACUUGGAAGCUGACCUCUAGCAGGUCUGGACCUGUGUGUGGCCCAAUGGCACCAGAGCUUUGCUUCUCCCUACAGAAAGGUCAGGCUCCCCUUUUUUUCCCAGGUUCUGGAAAGCCAUUUUCCCCGGGGCUGUCUCCUCCAGCAGAAGGAGGGACUCUGCUCCCUGGGCACAAGCUCUGCAAGAGUCAAACUCCCCUUUUUCCUCCAAGACAGAGGCUCUUGAGAAAGCAGUGCUGCGGAGCACAUUUCCAUAGAAUUAUGGAAUCAUUGAGGUUGGAAAAGUCCUCUGAGAACAUCAAGUCUAACUGUUAACCCAGCACCACCACCAAGCCCGGCACUAACCCACGUGCCCAAGUGCCACAGACACAAAUUUCUAAAUUUCUCCAGGGAUGGGGACUCUGCUACUGCCCUGGGCAGCCUGUACCAGAGCCUGACCACACUUACACACAAGAAGUUUUCCCAAUUUUCCCAAUUUUUCCAAUCCAAUCUAAACAUCCCCUGGCUCAACUUUCAGGCAUUUUCUCUUGUCCUUUCACUUGUUACUUGGGAGAAGAGACUGGGACGUGUCCAGUUCACAUUUCACACCCUGCCCUGGGGAGCUGCAGCUUUUGCUCAACCUCAGGAUAUGAUGGCAUAGGAGGACAAAACCCUGAGCAUGAAAGAGAAAUGAGAUGAGGUUGCAGGGAGUGUUUUGUCUCAGCCUUCCAGCUGGGAACAGGCUGCCCAGAGUUGUGUCUGCCCCGUCUCUGGUGGUGUUCAAGGCCAGGUUAAAUGGGGCUGGGAGCAACCUGGUCUAGUGGAAAGUGUCUCAGCCCAUGGCAUGGGGAAUGAGAUGAGCUUUUCCAACCCAAACUAUUCUGUGAUUCCAUGAUUCUCUGAUUCUAUGGACUCCUGGAGCCUCAGAGAGCAUCACUUCCUUACCUCCAGCCCCUGAGCUGCUGGACCUGAUCCCUCCUGGAUCAUAAGUCUUAAACUGCUCUUUGGCAGCCACACUUUGUCCUGGCCAGUCUUCAUAAAGCAUGACGUGUCUGGGAAUGAGCAGCACCUAUGGAACCAAUUCCUGCUGCUUUUGUCCAGAGAAAGUCUAAAAGUCCCUGCACUGGCCCUUCCUGAUCAGAGCUGCAGUCACUGCCAUGCUGUCACUGUUACCACUGUCAGAGCUGUGCUGGUCUCACCCUUCCAGGCCAGUCUCACCCAGCAGAACCCCAGCAGCAAUGAGCUGCCUUGAGAUCUGGAUGCUCCUUGCUGGACCCCAGACCUGAAAUCUCCCUGCAGAAACCAGUUCUGAUGGAGGAAAGAGGCUGGUUCUUCUGCGAGGCCAGGGCUGAGCCUCUGCUGGGGCUGCCAGGGGAUUCCUGGUCCUCUGCACCACUCUUCCCUUGGGCUUCUCCUGCCCAGCAUCUCCCAGGCAGCCCAGAGCCCUGUGCCUUGGCCACCAGGUAUGUUUGGUGGGGGGCGAGGGCGGUGAUUGCUCAGCAGUUUGGGGAGAUUCUGCUGCCAGGCUCUGUACUGCUCUGAGCUUCUCCUCACCUAACUCCAAGCUCCCUCCUGAAAGGUAUCCAAAGGUAUCCAAGGUUGUAGAGAGGGGAUGUUGCAGGAGAGAUAAAAAGCUUCUCCGUGGCAUUAGUUAUUUCCCUAAGGGGUGAGCCACCUCAGAGCCCCGUGAGGCACCAGGCAGGGCUCCAGAACCACCUGCCCAGUGGGUGCUCUUGGCUGGGGGCCCCGGUGCUCUGUGCACCCAGCUCUGCUCCUUCUUCCACCCAAAGUGUUCUUCCCCCCGCUGGGGUCUCAGCACUGCCCAUGCACCUUCCAGUGGGAGCUGCUUGCAUGUCUCUGUGGUCAGGAUCCAGUCCCGGGCUUACCUUCCUCCUUCAGGGCCGGUCUCUCAGCUGGAGGACAGGAGUGGGGGCUGGCCCACAUGACAACAGCCCAUCCCCACAGCAUUGCCAUAAACCCGAGCUGUACCCAGAAACAGGCAUGUUUUAAACUAUGGCUUUAACCUGUUCACUGUAAAAAGUGCCUUGGACUUUAAUCUGAAGAGGUCACUAUCUAGAAGUAUUUACCUGUGCGGGUGUGUAAGGAUGCAGCUCUCUGUGCAGAGUUACACACACAAAUAUAUGAUCUAUACGUACA